AUGGAUUGUCUUCCUCGGGAGCUUGUCCCUGAGAUACUAUCAAGGCUUCCAAUCCCAAGCUUGGUGCAAUCCAAAUCUGUGUGUCGAGCCUGGCGUAUAUUCAUACACGAUCAAGAGUUUGUCGACAAGCAUUUCAAGCGCAUGAUUGACAAUGAUCCAAGCUUCAUUUUACAAAUCAUCGGUAAUCCCAUCCAAAACCAGCUUUAUUUUGGAGAUUUCUCCGGCCAUCCAAACGGUGGAAACGUGAUGAUAACAAAGAAGCUUACCAUACCACCAUUGUCAAACUUCCAUUUGGUGAGUUCAUGUAAUGGAUUGCUAUGCUUGCGUUUCACUCACCCAAGCUUCGGGCUCUGUAUUUAUAAUCCUUUUACUAGGGAUUACAUUGAGUUGCCAAAGAUUAUAACAAAGAACCCUGCUAGUCAUCAUGGGAGCGUGUUGGGAUUUGGUUUGGAUCCUACUACGAAGAAAUAUAAGGUUGUUGAGGUAUCCUAUAAAGGAAUAACUUGUAGAACCCUGCCUAGGCGUGUUGCUAUAUCUAGCAUGCGUCGACCUCCUCUGACUGCCGCAUAUGCCUCUUCUUCAAUUGAAUCCGAGGUUUAUAUUUUGACUGUUGGUAGCCCCACAUGGAGAAAUUUGGGAAGAUUUCCCUUCCAUUUUAUGUGGCAAAAAUCUCAGGUUUUAGUCCACGAUAAACUUCAUUGGAUUUAUUAUCCCGACACAAUCAAUGCUACUGAUCUUAUCAUGUCUUUUGACUUGGCUAAUGAACAAUUCAAUGAGGUCCCUAGGCCUGAUUUCAUCAGUUCGGACAGGCGAUUUCGUGAACUCGUUCUACGAGGUUGCCUGUCGGCAGUUUCUUCCGAUAAUGAAGGAUUGGAGAUUUGGGUUAUGAAGGAGUAUGAUGUGAGAGAGUCUUGGAUCAAAGAAUUUAGCAUUGGAACUUACGUACCAAGAAUAUUGCAGCCAAAUGAUCAGUGUGAAUCAUCGAAUAACUCGAGGUUUUAUUUGCCUAAAAGAAGCAUUCGAGUCCUAUGCCAGUUGAGGAGUGGAGGGAUCUUAUUGGAGUAUAGAAAUAAAGCACUUGUUAUCUAUGAUCCUCAUUGCAGGAUAUUUCAUGACCUUCAAGUUACAUUUGCUGGGAUUUCAACGUAUUUUAGAAUAGUCGUUCAUGUUGCAAGCCUCAAUUGGAUCGAGACUACCUAA